CCACCACCAGGCGCGAUGGACCUCUUCCCCGACGGUGGCUUCGUGCGGCUGCAGAGCCGCGUGACAGGCAAGUUCGUCCACGCCGACGCGGACUGGGAGAGGGUCUCCCUGCGGCGGAACGACGGGCCCGACCCAGCCCUGAACGCGGUGUGGCGGGUGGAGCACUGGGUCUCGCCGGACCAGGGGGACACCUACGUCCUCCUCCAGAACGCCGCCUACGGCCGCUACCUCUCGUUCUCGACGAGGAAGGCGAAGGCCGGCCACCGUGGCUACCGCACCACCCAGAAGGACCGCAGCGAGCCCAACGUGCUGCAGAACAUGAGCGCCUACCCGUGGAAGUGGACGGUCCAGAGGCUGAACCCUCCCGACCAGGACUACGUCAGCCUGCGCUACUUCACCUGCUACCUCCGCGCCAACGGCAAGUACCUCCCCUGGAACAUCCGCGUCACCGCCGACGUCGAUGCAGACGCCCCCAGGGUCACCGCCAUGAUGCAAUGGACGGUCCACCAUGUCGCAGCGAGCCCGGAACGACAACGCCUUGACGUUACACUUGAGUAUCAGGGAGGCGACAGUGACCUGACGUGUCCGCAGCCGCCGCGGACGAUCCGGCACGUGCGGGCAAACGAUGAAGGGGAGUUCGACCAGAACCAUCACAACUGGACCUCAUUCGCUUUCUACGGCACCUCCGUGGACGACCUGAAGGACGAGCUGCGGCUCCAGCAGCACUGGAACGAGGACAUGUCCGCCUACACGCUGUGCAUGCGGCCCGGCUCGCAUGGGCGGCUAAUGCCGCUGGUCGCCACCGACCUGCCUAGCAGCACAGAUUCCAUGAACAUCGUCGUCUUCAGGACCGGAUCACCAGCUGCUGCGGCAUUAGUGUAUCCGGCACCACCACCAGCAGCGGACGCUGCUGCGGCAUGAGUACGAGAGCAGAACUUCUGACAACGUUGAAAUUCAUCUCUUCGGCGACCAAAAGCAUUUAAGCACUGCUGCCCCUGAUACUGUGACAUGAGAGUUGUCCCAUAGUUUCUGAAAAUUGUGCAACUCUUCCGUAAUGGUGGAUAGAUUUGAUGUGGUCUACUUGACCGGAAGCGUUCUGAGAUAACAGGGAAACAUGUUUUGAUACGAAUUCGUUAAUCUUGUUGAGGACGUGUCAGUUGGCAAUGAAUAAUCCACUUUCUAGCGAGAUUGUUAUGACAUGGGCCACUUGAUCUAAAAUUAUGGCUUCGAGAAAACAAAAAUGCACUAGUAGACUUU